CCAUACCCCAUGUACAGUCACUCUGCUUUCACAGUCACUCUGAAACUACAUGGAAAGACUUCAUGUACAACAAUGCGCUCCAACAUCACAACUGAGGACUAUCCUGAUUACGACCCAGUUCCAGAUAAGUACACACCCUGCAACGCCAAUAUAAAGGCCUUCAGCACAGUCUUCCUCCCUACACUCUAUAGCAUCGUCUUCAUCGUGGGGUUCAUCGGCAACUGCCUGAUUGUUUGUGUCCAGGUCAAGUAUCACAAAAGGUCCAACAUGUCAGAUGUUUGCCUCUUCAACUUGGCAAUUUCAGACCUCCUCUUCCUUCUCUCAUUGCCUUUCUGGGCUCACUACGCCCUCACCAGUCAGUGGACCAUCGGGGGCUUCAUGUGUCAUACAGUGACGGCGUUCUACACGCUGGGAUUCUAUGGAAGCAUCUUCUUCAUGAUCCUCAUGACCAUUGAGCGCUACAGUGUCAUUGUCCACACCAACACCUCCCUCUUCUCCAAGCACCGGUCUGUCAGAGCUAUCAUAGCCCUAGUUUUGUUAAUGUGGACACUUAGCCUGGGAGCUUCUCUGCCAAACAUCAUUUGGGCACAAGUGAACAAUAAAUCAGAAAUAUGGACAUGCAGUUUGGAAUAUCCAGAAGGAACAAAGUGGAGGUAUUUCUCUUACAUGGAGUUGAACAUCCUUGGCUUAAUUAUUCCUCUCUCAGUGAUGGUGUUCUGCUACUCACGCAUCAUCCCUAUCUUAAUGAGCAUGACAUCUGAGAAGAAACACAGAGCUGUCAGGCUCAUGCUGGUCUUGGUCAGUGUUUUCUUCCUCUUCUGGACACCUUACAAUAUCGUCAUCUUCCUGAAGUUUCUGCAGCAUUUGGGUUACAUGAGCACUUGUGAGUGGGAGCAGGACUUGACCAUGGCUAUGCAGUGGGUGGAAACCAUAGCGUUCUGUCACUGCUGCAUCAACCCCAUCAUCUACGCCUUUGUGGGGCAGAGAUUCAGGAAUUUACUUCUAAAGAUCCUCAAAGAGUGGUUUCCUCGUUGCUUUGUCCUGUGCCCAACAACUGAGUUAUCCGUGAGAAUUUCCACUAUGCACACUACACAGUAACUUCCUCCUUAAUGACAUCAUCAAAAUUGUAAUCUUUAUUACUAAUAUUGUCAUUAACAUAUAUUUCAAUUUGUUAAAAAAAAGAAGAUUCCAUAACUCCAUAAUACUAUUGUUAGAGACCCCCCCCCUUCAGUGGUUGAUGGUUAUUUUGUCGUCAUUUUUUGAACCAUUUUAUCGUUUAAUGCCGAUUGUGUUUCUUUGUUCUCCGUUCUGUAUAAAUAAUGUUUGUGUUGCUAACAGUGUAGAAUUUCAUUAGAAUUUUAAAAACUAUUACUAAUCAUUUGCACGGUGUAAUUCUGAUACCACAAGACUUAUUCUCUCACAUUGUUACAAGAAAAUAAUCACCCUUGUGUGUUGAGAGAACCACAAACUUUGUAUUACACAAUUAAAUGUUCUGACUGAGAUGAGGUGACCUAAUGUCAUAUACAGUACUAAUUAAUGUUUGUACUUGUGAUUAAACCAUCAACCAGAUUAGUUUCUAGUUUGCUUUCCAUAUGAAUGUGUUUCAUGCCACACAAGUUGACACAAUGGCAUCACUGUAUCCCAAAAUUAUUUAACACCAUCAUCAUAAGAUCAGGGGGGCAUGGUGGCUUAGUGGUUAGCACGUUUGCCUCACACCUCCAGGGUUGGGGGUUCGACCAAAAGUUUGGACACACCUUCUCAUUCAAAGAGU